GCAGGAAACAUUUUGAGCAUCUGUUAAAAGUUUUGCCACGAAAACGCAAAGCUUUCUUGAUGAACGAAGGAAAUCGCAUUUGAGGCUGUCUGAUUCUCUUGCACUGUAUUAGUUUCUGCGCAUCAUACAUCAAUAACGGUUUGGGCAGUCUGAACUUUACCAGGCACCAGAUAUAAGAGCCGCCAGUCGUAUAUCUCUACCUACCACAAUGCCGAGUUUCACAGAAAGGAUUCUGUUUCUAAUCUUUAUAGGCAUUGUGCUCUGUAAGGGUGAGUACCUGGAUCCCCACUGUAAUGGCAAACAGGUGAUUGUGCAUCUCUUUGAAUGGAAAUGGUCGGAAAUCGCGAAGGAAUGCGAGCGAUUUCUGGGGCCAUGGGGAUUUUGUGGUGUGCAGCUAUCCCCUCCCAUGGAGCACGUGGUAAUCACAAGCCCUCCCUACCCCUGGUGGCAGCGGUAUCAGCCAGUCAGCUACAAGCUGGUGUCCAGGUCUGGUAACGAAGAACAGUUUGCGGACAUGGCCAAACGCUGUAAUGCUGUGGGCGUUAGGAUUUUCGUCGACUCUGUCGUCAAUCACAUGAGCGGAACCGAGAAUAAAGGUCAAGGAUCUGGCGGUACAUCCUUUGACGGACCUUCGCUCAGUUACCCGGGGGUACCCUACAGUGCUCAGAACUUCAACCCACGCAGCAAGUGUCCGUCUGGUGACGGUCAUGUCAACAACUACGGCGACCCCAACAACGUCCGCAACUGCUACCUGCUCAGUCUCAGCGACCUGGAUCAGAGUCAGGACUACGUUAGGAAAAAGAUUAUCGAGUACUACAACCACUUGAUAGAUCUGGGUGUGGCUGGUUUCCGAGUUGACGCUUCUAAGCACAUGUGGCCACAGGACAUCGCUGCCAUUCAGGCUGGAACCAAAGACACCCAGUUUGGCGGCAAACCUUUCUACUACCACGAGGUCAUCGACCAGAACGACGGAGCAAUUAAGGUCAACGAGUAUUACAGUCUGGGCCGAGUGACGGAGUUUCGUUACUGUCAGAAGAUCAAGAUGGGUAUCGAGAACUUUGGGGAGCUAGGAGGUGUCUAUGACCCCGGCUGGGGAAUGGCAGACGACGACCACGCUUUCGUCUUUGUCGACAACCACGACAACCAGCGUGGGCACGGCGGUGGCGGACAGAUCCUGACCCACGAGAAGCCCCUGGAGUACAGACUGGCCGUGGCCUUCACCCUUGCUUGGAAAUACGGCUUUACCAGAGUGAUGAGCUCCUAUAGCUUUGGCGACAAUUCUGAUCAAGGCCCGCCACACAACAGCGACUACAGCACUGCUGACGUGCCCAUCAACUCCGACGGCAGCUGCGGGGGAGGGUGGGUGUGCGAACACCGAUGGCCCUCCAUCAGGGGGAUGGCACUCUUCCGAAACGCCGUUGCGGGAACGGAAGUGCGAAACUACUACAACCAGGGAGACGUCGUGGCCUUUACUCGAGGGAAUAAGGGAUUUUUCAUCAUGGGCAAGAGAGGCUUUGACCAGCAGGUUCAGACGGGUCUGUCGGCCGGUCAGUACUGCGAUCUCAUCAGCAACUGUCAGCAGAAGAUCACAGUUGACGGGAGCGGCAACGCACGUGUACGGCCGUACAGUAAUUCCGACCCCGUCGUCGCCAUCAUACAAGGGGGUCCGACUGGUCCCAUUCAAGAAGGAAGCGUUGGAACAAGUUCCGGAGGGAACCAGGGGUCAUCUGGAACUGCUACAACCGCCAGCCCCGCUGUAGUUACGACUCCGAAGGCAACGUCCACACCAGAGCCUUGUGAAGACAAAUAUACAGACGACUGCAGCGAGUUCGAGGGUCAGUGUGACAAUGAGUUUGUUGGCCGAAUUUGUCCUAAAUACUGUGGCAAAUGUCAACUGCCUCCCCCAUGCGAAGACAAGUACACUGGCGACUGUAAAGAGUUCGAUGGCCACUGCACGGAUCUUAUUGUCCAGCACGUCUGCCCCAAGUUCUGCGGCAUCUGCACACCCGCCGCCACCAACGCUCCCGCCACCAGCGCUUCCGCCACUAAUACCGUCAGCACCUCUGGAUCUGCUUGUGAAAGCGGCUGGUCAACUGCCGGAGCAGAUGCCAAAGCAACAUCACACCUGGGGACUACACUGAUCCCCAUUGUGACGGCAAGCAGGUGAUUGUUCAUCUGUUUUCCUGGAAAUGGACUGACAUCGCGGCGGAGUGCGAGCGCUUCUUGGGACCGAAGGGAUUCUGUGGCGUACAGAUAUCGCCACCCCAGGAGCAUCCCAUCGUGACGACACCACGGGAUCCUUGGUGGCAGCGGUACCAGCCGGUCAGCUACAAGCUGGUGUCCCGCUCUGGCACUGAGGAGGAGUUUGCUGACAUGGUCAGCCGCUGUAACGCAG